GUUCUGCAUACGUCGUUUGUUGACCGGUAAAUCCUCUAACAGAACUGCGUCUGUCAAGAAGAGCCCUGUUGCUUUAAUUUUGUAAGGAUUGAAAACCAGCUGGCCUCAUGUCGAGCAUCAGAAGAAAAUUAGUCAUUGUUGGCGAUGGUGCAUGUGGAAAAACAAGCCUCCUUUCUGUGUUCUCUCAUGGCAUAUUUCCUGAGUUUCACGCUCCGACAGUUUUCGAGAAUGAUGUCUCUAACAUUGAAGUCGACGGCAAAAUGAUGGAGCUAGAGUUAUGGGAUACCGCUGGUCAAGAGUCUUAUGACAAACUGCGACCUCUGUCUUAUCCUAACUCUGAUGUUGUGCUUAUGUGCUUUUCCAUUGAUAUUCCUGACAGUUUAGCAAACGUCCACGAGAAGUGGGUUCCUGAAGUUAGGCACUUUUGUGGUCAAAGUGUUCCACUCAUUUUGGUGGGUAACAAGAUAGACCUGAGACACGAAAAAAACGCGAUGAAGGAGUUGUCAAAUUUCAACCAAGCGCCUGUGACUAUCGAAGAGGGACGAGCAAUGUUUGAAAGGAUCAAAGCUAAUGCUUACAUGGAGUGUUCUGCGAAAACGAGAGAGGGAGUCGGCGAUGUGUUUGAAACGGCCGCCAAGGCUGCAUUGGAAACUAAACUAUACAAGCCUCGACCGUGGUAUAAAUGUAGUAUACUAUAGCUAGAUGUGAAGUACAGCAUUAGAAAUAUUUAAAAUCUCUCUGAA